AUGAUCAUUUAAGGACAACUGAGACACACACACACACACUCAUUCGAUGAUGACGGAGACGAAGAGGAAGCAGCAGCUGGGACGAGUCAGAGACACAACUUCACCAGCCACAGCAACAGGGAGCUGGGCGUUUAGCUAACACACGUCAUACCGCUGCUAACCACGUGUUCUGGACAAGGACAGAUGUGUUAGAACAUCCCCGGCACCGAUGUGAGACCAGUUCAGUCACCGACACGGAUCUGAGACCAGGUUCGUCACCAGCACCGAUCUGAGACCAGACUCCCCAGUCACCUUUUAAUGCAGUCGGGAUCCUGACAGCAGCAGCAAUGUUGGCGAGGACCACCCUGAGCAGAGGAAUUACUGCCCUCCGCCUCGCUAAGAAUGUGACUCUGUACGUGAAUGAAUUGGCAUCUCCAGCCUCAGGAAGCCAGACCCUGGCAUCUGAAGAUCACAAACCCCUCAUGCUGAUGCUCCCGUGGAUGGGUUCGCGCCCCCAAGCUGUGGCCAAGUAUUGUGAGAUCUACUUCCGCACCGGCUUGGAUGUGCUCGUAGUGGAGAGUGAGGUGACGCACUUCCUGUGGCCUCGCUGGGGUCUGGAUCAUGGAAAGAAUUUGAUCGAGUUGCUCCAGAGCGAACGCUUUGUGUCCCGCCCACUCCUCGUCCAUGCCUUCUCUAUCGGUGGCUACACGUAUACCCAGCUGCUGGUUCACGUGUCCCAGGACAAGCAGAAAUAUCAGUCGCUCACAAAGAGGAUCAAAGGGCAAGUCUUUGAUAGCUUGGUGGUGGGCUCUGUGGAGAUGAUGGCCUCAGGUCUAGGAAAAACCGUGUUUCCUCGUUUGGAGUCACUGGUAAAAAAGGUGAGCAUGCUUUACUUUGGCAUGUUCAAACAGCAAACGGUGGACUACUACAACAGAAGCAUCGAUGUGUUUUGGAACACACCAAUCCCCGUUCCCUCACUGUUCCUCUUUUGCGAGAAUGAUCUGAUAAGCGACGCACAGACUAUGGAGGAAUUGAUCGACUUCUGGCGAAAGCGCGGGAUUAACAUCACCGCAAAGAAGUGGGCGGAUUCAACACACGCAGGUCACCUGAAGAGGCACCCCCAGGAGUAUGUGAGCACACUGGAAUUAUUCUUCCAUUCACUCAACAUCGCUCCGCUGAAGGCCAAGAUGUAAGAUGGUGUCACUUCAACUUGAUUCCACGUCAUGUUGACUGCUCCUGUUUUCUUUGUUUCCCCUAAAUGUUUGUUGUCUUUUUGUGUAUGGAUCAUUAAUACAGGCAAUUGUAUUUGUAAAGUACAUUUCAUUACAGGUUAACUCAACUUAUUUUACAUUAAAGUGCAUACUAGAAGUUACAUGAGAUUGUAUUAAACAACUGACCUGGAUACUCUCCUGCUGCGUUCUGCGCCAUGACCAAUUUAUCGGACAUUUUCUGAAGUUCCUGCCUAUAAACUGCUAAUGUUUCGUCAUUGCUUGAAGUUUGAUAAACCGAUCCAGUGUUCAAACAACCAUUACUUCAUGUUUAAUAACGUUUAUGUUUGCAUACUCAACUGAUAAGCUCAAGUUCACACUGAGAUGAUUUUUUAUCGGCAAAGAAAUGCAAAAUGAACUUCCUAUUGCUCCAAUUCCUGAUUAUUAUCAACAAACUUUAUGUGUUUGCAGUAUAUUAGAUACUAUAUUUAUGAUAGAUUUUACAAUUACUGGUACCGUAGCUGUGUCUUUUCAGGGACUCUAUUGUGUUACACAGGAAGUGCUGCAGUGUUGUGUCUGGCAGUAGAAGAAUAGCACUAAUAGCAUUAAUAUAGAUGGAAGACUUAUAGAAACUUCAAAUUCAUAAACCUCAUGAAUAGAAACUUAAACUAUAAGAUAUAUUAAAUAUAACCAGUGCCUUAAAGAAUAUAUAAUCAUUAAAAAGAAAUUCCACCAUGUAGGAGUUAGUUGAACUGGAUGAAACCCAGAUGAUAACAUCUUGAUAUAUGCAGGAGUUCAUUUGAUUGUUCUUUACUAAACAAGUUGCACUACACAGAGAGCUUGUGGUAUCGGUUACUUGGGCAUUUUUCCAUGUUGGGAGAUCUUUACAACGGUUUAUCUGUCUCCAUUCUUUCUAUCAAUAUUGUUUUUCCUCACGAAGUUGCAACUAACAACUGAACACUUGAAAACCUCCGGAGAUUUUACUAACUGUUGUCUCGCAUAACUUGAACAUACAUUUCUGACGUGUACUUACAUUCCAGACUUGUAUUUAUUUAUCUUUUCUCUUGUUGGUCGAGAAAUAAAUAUGUGAGCCUCUUA